AGUCCAGAGAUGGAUGUAAGUUUGUAUUAAUUGCAUGUCAGUAAACAGAUAUGAUUUUAAUUUUCUUCUUUGCUAUAUUGCAGGUGAUGUUACCAUUUAUUUUUAGGUGCAUGUCUGCUUGUCUGGAAGAAAGCAGUUGUAUACUGGAAAUCAACAUUAGAACUUGUUAAUAGUUUUUUGAAACUAUAUAUCUUUUUUGCUUUCCUUUACUACCAGCUGUAGAAGUAAGUUAGAGGCAUCUGCAACAGUUGUAGUGACUGUUUGAGGGACCUGAAUUGAUUUUUUUUAAAUUAUUUUUCGUAUAAUUAAUAGCAUAAGCAAACAAACAAGGGUCAUUAUUUCCCUUAGAUGUACAGUACUUGAAUUGUAGGAUAGAUGUAUGUAGGAAUAAAAAUGUCACUUGUGCAGUUUGAUAUAUUUUGUUCCUCUCUCUUGGACAAAUUUGAUAUGUGAGAGAUCGUACAUUUGCUUUUAUUGGGGCUUUUAUAGGCCUCUUUCCUGCUGACAAGUUUUGACAUGGUUCAUUUGACUUCAGAUUAGGAGAUGAAGCUUGAUUUUUGGUACUACUCGACACAUUCUGAAGCAGAAGUUAACUAACACAUUAGCUGCAUUAACAAGUUUGCUUUUUGCUUUAAAAAUAGUAAAUUUGUGGUUUAGAUGAUCUAUCAGCAUAUUUGCUCAAUAAAUUGUGUUACUCCAGAUGGACUACGUCAAUUGUGCUGUAUCUAUAGAGACAGGCAGUCCUUUUCCAGCAAAAGAAAUAAUGUAUUUCUGAUUCCAUACAUGUUCUUACUUUGUUUUCUUAAGGACUCCAUACUUGUUUGAAGUAUAAAUCAUUAGUCCAUCUGUGUUGUGUGAGAAGUCUAAUCUUCAUAUCACUUGUUUGAGUCCUCAAUUGUAUUGAACUUCAAGUCAUUUUUUAAAAAGGAAAAGUGUUCAGUGGAACAGUCUUUACAUUUUCUAUGUUGACAUAUCACUUCUUGUUUCCUUCAACAAAAUGAAAAAAUUGACUACUGAUGGAAAAUUGAUAGCGCGGGCAGUUAAAAGUUCAUCUGUUGUAGAGUUGGAUUUAGAAGGAACUAGGAUUAGAAGGCGCCGGCCACUGGGUGAACGACCAAAGGAUGUGGAUAGUCGUACCGUCUAUGUGGAGCUUCUUCCCAAAAAUGUCAAUCACAGUUGGAUUGAGAGGGUGUUUGGGAAGUGUGGCAAUGUAGUUUAUGUCAGCAUACCCCGGUAUAAAUCUACUGGUGAUCCAAAGGGAUUUGCUUUUGUUGAAUUUGAAACUAAAGAGCAAGCAGAAAAAGCUAUUGAGUUUCUGAAUAAUCCUCCCGAAGAAGCACCGCGGAAACCCGGGAUGUUCCCCAAAACAGUAAAGAAUAAGCCUGUCCCUACACUGAAUACAAGUAACAGCAGCGUAGUGGAGGAGAAGAAAAAGAAGAAAAAAAAGAAAUCCAAAAUUAAGAAAGAAGGCAGUGUACAGGCAGCUGUAGAGGCAAAGGAAUCUAAUGUGAACACUACAACAGAGCAAGCACCCAAGUCAAAAAGGCACAGAACCUCAUCGGAAUGUUCAGAAAUGGGGGGAACUGAGGUUCACAGACAGCUCUCAAAAAGAGAGAAAAGAAAAUGGGACAGAUCAGAAAGCUCAGAAGUACCUGUGGAAAGCAGGCCAGGAAAGAGAAAAAGAAGUAGCUCUGGAGAUGGUGAGACAUCAGUUGCAAAAGUCAAGAAAACUGUUCAGAAGGAUGAAGUUCAUCCUGUAAAAGAGGAAACAACAGAAGCUCCAAAAGAUUCUAAUGAAGUUCCUCUGGAAGAUGAUAAAGAUGGCGAUAAAAAAGACACAUCCCUUUCAAAAUCUAAAAGAAAACAUAAGAAAAAACACAAAGAAAGACACAAGAUGGGUGAAGAAGUUAUUCCACUCAGAGUACUCUCAAAAACUGAAUGGAUGGAUUUGAAGCAAGAAUAUUUGGCUCUUCAAAAAGCCAGCAUGGCCUCCUUAAAGAAAACCAUGUCCCAAAUCAAACCUGAGCCCGUGGGAGAGAUGGAAACGAAUAGUUGUGCACCAAAAAAUCUUCAGUGUAAAAAUGGCGAAUCCACCAGUGAAGAUGGUGCCCCUCCUGUCAAGGCUAACACAAUGGGGCCCCAGUUUGUGAGUGGAGUAAUUGUGAAGAUCAUUAGCACAGAGCCCCUGCCGGGCAGGAAGCAGAUCAAGGAUGCCUUGGCAAUGCUGGCUGAUGUUGCUUAUGUUGACAUGCUAGAGGGAGACACAGAAUGCCAUGUCCGUUUUAAUACUCCUGAGGAUGCGCAGACGGUCAUGAAAUCUCACAAAGACCUGCAGAUAAAAAACAACUGGAAAUACGAAAUUCUCACUGGUGAUAAUGAACAACGUUACUGGCAGAAGAUUUUAGUGGACAGACAAGCUAAACUUAACCAGCCUCGAGAAAAGAAGCGGGGUACUGAAAAGUUGAUUGCCAAAGCUGAAAGAAUGAGACUUGAAAAGACUCAACAGACAAGUAAACAUAUUCGCUUCUCUGAAGAUAACUAACCAAGGCUGAGUAUAGUCUUGAAAUUGAACCAUGGAUUAAAAAAAAGGGGGGGAAAGAAACAAACCAAACCCAUCACUGCUUACAGCAAUUAAACUGUUUUUAAGAAGGAAUCAAAAACCCGUUCAUUUGACUCAUAAUUCUGCAGACGGCAACUAUGAACAUUACUCCUAAUCCCAUUUUUGAAUAGGCUGAAUGUUUACUGCUUCUGAGCCUUUAGGUAGAGCUUUAUGGAAAGAAAAAAUGUAUUAAAAGAGAUCUUGCUCUAGUUCACUUUUGGUUUUUUUGUACGUUGAAGUUUUAUACACCAGGUUAUGAAAUAAAAUGCUUGAGAAAUUUUCA